AUGCAUUUUGUGUGGCAUCAGUUUGUAGCAUCAGUUUCUGGCCUGUCGUGCACUAUAUCGUCAAGCUGCUCUUCUGACUACUUUACUCGGGAUUCAGAUUCCCGGGUUGUGAGGCCGCAACGCGGCGGUCCAGCACCCACCCGAAACGAUCAUCCUCGCAUUCCAUCGAACACUAAACCUGCAAAAUGCGAGCGGUAUGUGUACAGUUACAAAUCAUUACUAGCACUAAUAUAG